CGACCACUGGUUUAACAGGAUUCUCGUCGCUUUCUCUUUCGAUCCAACUCUCCCAAUGCACGCGAAGCUCCUCUGGAACUGAUCCAGCUACAUCUUAAUGGUUUGUAGUGGCCCAUUUGAUUUCCUCUGACUAUUCUGUCCAUGCAAACCUGGUAGAAAUGGGUGUUAGCGAUGUUUUGAAAGUCAUGAGGUCUACGUUGACAGAGGUUUCAAAUGAGGAUCUUUAGUGCACAAAUGACACAUGGGUGACAAAGAAAGCGAAGUUAGCUUAUGCGGUGUGCCUGAGUGGUUCGGACUCCCAGAGAACAGCACAGCUUCGUACGUAAACGAUAUCUUCGUCGCCGUAUUUACAGCUCUCUUGUGUUGUUUCGCAAUCUGUAGCAACUUUCUCAUUAUUGUGACAACUGUGAAAACUCCGUCAUUACAGAAGCCAUGCAAUAUUCUGCUGUGUAGCUUGGCUGCUGCAGAUUGGCUUACUGGUCUAACAUCUAUGCCAAUGUUCGCCGCUUUGAGGUUGAUAAUUCACCGUGUUCCCUCGACAUGCAGUUAUCAAGAAGACCUUUUUACCGCCUUCUAUGCGUCUAUCAUGUUAACAUCUGGAUGGUCGUUUGCUAUUUUAACUUUCGUCAGCUUUGAUCGCCUCAAUGCAUUGUCAAGACCAAUUUCCUACCGUCUGCGUGUAACUGUCGAAGGGACAGUAAAGACGAUGUCUUUUAUUGGAGUAAGUUGGUUUUUGCUAACAAUCUUAGCUCAAUUACUCCUAUCCUCGAUACUGGAAUUAGUAUUUUCCAUGACAUUGAUAGCCAUAUUCAUAGUCAUCCCGACUGUAAACCACAUAAGAAUGUACCUAGCAAUCCGCCGCCACAAUAAGGAGCUCAGACGAUCGGUUGCGUCAGUGAGGCUGACAACUGUGUUACGAAGGGAGAAGAAGACUGCCAUUGAUAUGUUUGUUAUUACUAUGGUUCUCCUGCUGUGUCUGGUGCCGGCAAUUUUGAUCAAGCCGACACAGGUUCCUUUCCCAAGAGUUUACUCUUUUUUGCAGCCUUGGUCCAUAGCAAUGGUGUUUUCAAACUCUGCUUUGAAUCCCCUGAUUUACACAUUAAGAAACCAAAGUCUUAGGGAUGCAAUGAGGAAUGUCAUUCUGAGGCGAAAUAGGAGAGCGAUUGGAAUUAUUACCAGCGAGAGCGGUGGCAGAACUCAGGAGCUGGUCAUGUUCUAAACAAGAACAAACGACAGGCGAUUGCACUGAUUGGGUGCAAAGUGAACCGUACCACAUAUGAAAGCAUCGAAGCGUUCUGUCGGUUGUUAAAUUGGAGCGCUAUUGCAGAAAACAGGAGUUAGCGGUUGACCUUUGAAGAGACCAUUUUAGUUGUUAAAACAUGAAGUAAUUCUUGAAUAAUCUU